ACACACUAUUCAUUUUCAUAAACUCACCGUGUUUAUAUAUUAUUAUUAUUUUCCUGUUUACAGCACUUUUGAUAAUAUUAAAGAAAAUACCAACGGAGAAUAAAAGGUGCUGCUGACGUUUUCCUUUCAGCUCUUUCUGCAAUGGAAGGUUCAGAUAAUGCAGAUCAGGGGAGUAGUGAACAGUCCGAUUCACAGCGCAGGCAACAGCAGGACCGGCUCAACCGCGAGGAGGACUACUACCAGUUUGUUAACAAUCUGAGUGAAGAGGACUACCGGCUAAUGAGAGAUAACAAUCUCCUCGGCAACCCAGGUGAGCUCACAGAGGAAGAGCUGUUAAACCGUCUUCAGCAGAUCAAGAAUGGAGGUGAGCAGCCCCCCAACAACAACAACAACAACAACAGCAGCAGCAGCAACAGCAGCAGCAGCAGCAGCAGCAGUGGUAGUACUGAAGUCAAUAGAGAGGAGCCCAGAGCCCCCGAAUCGGAGGGUACAGAAGAAGCCUCUAACGGCGACACCCUCCUCGACUGGCUGAACUCUGUGCGCCAGACCGGCAACAGCACACGAAGCGGGCAUCGCGGCAACCAGUCAUGGCGGGCCGUGAGCCGAACCAACCCCAACAGCGGAGAUUUCCGCUUCAGCCUGGAGAUCAACAUCAAUCGCAACAUAGCCGAGCAGCAGACGCAGACCGAGGCCGAGCGCCCGGACGGGGAGCCGAACCGCCCGGAGGGAGAACCGAACCGCCCGGAGGGGGAACCGAACCGCCCGGAGGGAGAACCGAACCGCCCGGAGGGAGAACCGAACCGCCCGGCUGAGGAACCGAACCGCCCGGCUGAGGAACCGAACCGCCCGGCUGAGGAACCGAACCGCCCGGCUGAGGAACAAACCCGCCCGGAUGUUCCCGCGCCCGAACCCGAACCCGAGGCGCCUGUGGAGACUGCGGAAGUGGUGGAGGAGCCGGUAGUGGAGGAGAUGGCUGUUAUCGUUGAGCCGGAACUUCCCGAACCAGUUACCCCCCCGCCUGUAACCAGACCUCCAAGCCCGUCGUCCCUGAGUCAUCUCCUGGCUUCUUCGCUUCCUCGCCCGGCGGCGCAGAGAGGGCGGAUUAGGGCGCGUAGCCCGAGCCCAGAGCAGCGCAGAACCCGGGCUCGUACAGCCAGGAGUCAUUUAGCCGUGAACCUCGACCAGUUAGACGGGCUUCCACAGGCUAUGCAAAAUCCCGAGCCCCUGCCGGACGCUCAGGUCGAGGGCAGUUCUAGGACUCGGCUUCACGUUUUGUCCAGGCAGACAGAAAGCCAGGAGCCUUCGGAGCCGGCGCAGCCACGACAGGAGACCGAGGCGAGCUCCGGAGAGGCCCGGCGUCCUCCCACGAUAAUGCUGGACUUGCAGGUCAGACGAGUCAGACCAGGAGAGUACAGAGAACGGGACAGCAUCGCUAAUCGCACCCGGUCUCGCUCUCAGACCUCUAACAACACGUUUAUGUAUGAAAGUGAGCGCGGAGGCCUGCGCAGGACCUUUUCCCGCUCGGAACGGGCAGGAGUCAGGACGUACGUCAGCACCAUUCGCAUUCCCAUCAGGAGGAUCUCCAACGACGGACUCGGCGAGGCGACCUCCAUGGCGCUGCAGUCCAUGAUCCGGCAGAUUAUGAACGGCUUCGGCGAGCUCAGCUACUUCAUGGACUCCGAUUCGGACUCUACGGACUCCAGCCGCGCCUCCAAUACCUCCUCGGAUCUCGCGGACGCCCCUGGGAACCCAGAAACCGGAAGUGUGUCUGCGCCACCCGAGGCUGUAGCCGCCGCGGAAGGUUCGAGUCAGCCCGGCUCAGAAGCUAGAACUGACGACACCGAGGACGUCGGCGCGGCUCAGAGAGAGAGCAGGCCGAGACAGAGAGUGCCCAUCAGUCUGGAGGAGUCCGGCUCGCUGCCCUUUUUACGCCUGGCGCAUUUCUUCUUGCUGAACGACGACGACGACGACCAGCCCAGAGGCCUCACCAAAGAGCAGAUCGAUAACUUGUCCAUGCGCAACUUCGGCGAGAGCGACGCGCUCAAGACCUGCAGCGUCUGCAUCACGGAAUACGCCGAGGGCAACAAGCUGCGCAAACUGCCCUGCUCGCACGAAUACCACGUGCACUGUAUCGACCGCUGGCUCUCGGAGAACUCCACGUGCCCCAUUUGUCGUAGAGCGGUUCUCGUCUCCGCCAACCGCGAGAGCGUCGUCUAGUCACAGCAGAUUUCUUUUACUACGCUUUCGGUACCUGGUAGACUCCUAUUUUAAGCCAUGGGUUCGUCCGGAUGUGCAGGAAGGCACAUCGCGUCGCUCUACUUUCUUUGCUUGUGCUUAAACCAUGACUCGUACCCACCGAAGGUUCUAACGAGGACUAAAUGUUAUUUAUCUUCAAGUUUUGAUUCCCCUGCAACCCUGUAACCAUCAACUGAUUUGUGCUCAUACGUGAAACUGAGUGCAAUUCCAUUAAACGCUGUUAGAUUGUGAUAGCUGAAGGGUAUUUGUAUGCAGUCUGCUCCAGUCUGGACGAGCAGUGGCGCUUGGUCUUAUUCAAAAAGAGCUCCAAGCCUGCAGGUUAGCAUGAGCUACUCAAUCAGUUGGUCUUAGUUAUGUGAAGCUCCUGCAUGGUUGCUAUGAAUACCUGCAGCCACUGUGGCUCUUUAUGGAUAAAAGCGAGUAUCACUGAUAUUAAGUUCUCAGCAAACGUUAGGGAUGGGCAUUUUUGCUUUCUGUAAGUCUGCUUCGGACUUCAAUAGAGCAUCAAACAAAAGCCGCCUCAACACCGGUGCAUUGUAAAUAAAUUAACGUUAUUUAACAUGAAUGACUAAUGAAUCGACUACAUGUAAAAUAACUCGCACACAAACCAGUUGCAAAUUCGGACACCCAAAACGACGUCCACGCUGCUCCACGUCUGUUAUACUGUACUAUGUUUAAAACAAGUGUAGAUUAGAGCACUUGAUUAAUUACUUCAGGUGAAAUGUGGUGCACUUACUUCAAACUCCCCACGGUGCCUCACAGCAAGAAGGUCCUGGGUUCGAUCCCCAGGUGGGGCGGUCCGGGUCCUUUCUGUGUGGAGUUUGCAUGUUUACUCCGGGUGCUCCGGUUUCCUCCCACAGUCCAAAGACGUGCAUGUAAGGUGAAUUGGAGACACUAAAUCGUCCAUGACUGUGCUCGAUAUAACCAUGUGACCUGAUGAAUCUCGUGUAAUGAGUAACUACCGUUCCUACCCCACAGAACAUCAUGCAGGUGAAGAACACACAAAAAAAAGAGUAGAACAAAUGAGCAGAAGCCAAAAAUAAUCA